AGUUAUUCAAAGAAGUUGGUUUCCACUAUGAAUUCUUUGAAUACAACCUAUAAUCCUCUUCUAAAAUAUCACAAGUUAUCGCUAAAAACCCGCGCUUUAACUCAAGGGGAAAAUAUUGUCAAGCCUUGUGUGAUUCUUGUUGCGAUUAUAUUGAUAUCCACACCAUUUGUGUUUGUAUUUUCGAAGUUAAUCAUAUUGGCAUGUUGUAAAUGUCAAACAGUUUCAACAUCAAUUAAUGCUUUGAUGUUAAACAAUUCUACAACUUCACAGCAUGCUCUGAAAAGCAAUGAAACCAUUUCUCCACCUGCUGCAUUGUGUGGAAAGAGGAUCGUUGGAUACUUUGCAGAGUUUGAGAAUUCUGGUCUAACAAGAAGACAUCUCCAAAUGGUAACACACAUUAUAUACCUAUUCGCUAGACCAACGAAUGGAGUUAUGACUCUGGAUGGAGAACGAACUCGCCGAAAAUUCCAGGAAAUGAGAAGUAAAGCGAGGGAGGUAAGCUCUACUGUGAAAGUGAUGAUCAGUGUGGGCGGACAUGAUCAUUCUGGUGCAUUUUCGGCGAUAAUGUCUAACGAAGCGUCACGUAGCGUGUUCAUCAAGUCCAUUGUCUCGUUUGUCAAAAAUGAAGAUAUUGAUGGAAUCGAAAUAUUUUGGAUGUGGCCAAAACACAGAGAUGUGAAUAACUAUUCAAUAUUUAUUCAAGACCUCCGAAACGAAUUCACUGAACUUCAAAAAAGGACAAAUAGAAAAAACGAGUACAUCAUUAGUUUGCUUGUUCCGAAAAAGAGCUACUGGUCAUUCGAUUUCGAAGAUUUUUUAAAAUUUGUUGACUUUUUCAAUAUUUAUUCAACACAAUUUCGAGAAAAACAAGUAGGACCUGAUUCACCAUUGUAUGGAGGAGAAGGUAGAAACAUCGAUGAGACAAUGAAGUAUUAUACUUGUAAAACUGGUCAACCAAGUAAAUUUAAUAUAUUUGUUUCUUUCCACGGAACAUUUUGGAAAGACGCCGAAUUACCAUUACGGAAUGAUUUUGAUGAUAUAUUCAAAGACAAAAACUUGACAAAAGGAGCAUUUGCUGUUCGUUGGAGAGAGCUACUUCAACAGAAAUGGAACCUGGAGGACAUUAAAUUUCACAAUUUAACGAAAACCUCUUAUAUUUGGAUUCCCGGUCCACCUACCUGGUUUAUGACUUUAGAAGACAAAAGAAGUUUGAGAGAAAAAACUAAAUAUGUUGCUGAUUAUAAUAUUGGAGGAAUAACCAUGUGGACAAUUGAUCAGGAUGAUGAUGAUCACACUCUUUUGAAAGUUGUUUCUUCUGCAGAAUUAUGCACUGGAAAGGAAAAGAAUGAGAUUAAUUACAAAUGUGAUUGAUUUAGUGUUUUUUUUUUUAAUUUUAAUUUCUUCUUUGAUUAGCUUUUUGGGAAACAUGUUGAAAGUUAAAUAAAUCCUCAUACUGUUA